GCACAUGCGGUAUGUUUGUUAUGUGAUGAGCUGCGAUACAACAAGUUUGACUAUGAGGCAACUUCGCGGCAGAACGUUGAGAUUUUUGAAGAUAGCUUGUUUUCUUCUCUUCAUGGUGUUUAUUAUCUGGUACACAGUGAGCGCUCUGAAGAAGAAAGUGACACCUCUAUACGCCAGUGGAGUGGUGGAGCAGAGGGUUGGAGACCUCCAAUAUGAUUUUUCCACAGGAAUUUUUGUGUACAACAGUGGCAAAAGCACAUACCUUCAGGGCAUCGUCUCCGAAACUCUCAGAUCCACCUUUACGGUGGCUUGUAAAUCAGACCAGAACAAAGCCACGAGCAUGUGUCUCCACUGGCUUAGAUACGCCAAACUAGAGAUUUCAAAGACGGACAACUGUCAUCAUGUGAAGUGGACUCCAACCAGUCGUGACUUUAUUCCACACGACUGCUUUUCUCUGAGGAGUGCCCAUUGGUACGGUGGUGCAGAACUCUAUCACCAGACCUGGCCCCUUGAAACUACAGAUGUUCCUAUGCAGCCUUAUCUAUCAAACGACAUCUUAUUCCGAUCAAACACUGAGAAAAAUAGUGGAAAAAAUAUGUUUGGAAAUAUUGUUGAUAGAUUUUGGAUAAAUUCCAAUGGUGUUGGUAUUGUAGUCAACAGUGAGGUACCACUGUUUGUGAGCAUAAAUGAAAGUAAAAGUAACUUACUGUGUUUUAGCGCCGAUUAUACCAACUCACCGUACCCAAACCCAGACAGUAAAACCCCUGUGUUGGAGUACACAGUGUGUAAGGAGGACAGCAUUAGUAAAAUACACAAACUGCUACAGAAGAAAUAUUUUCACAUGCCAUUAGGUCUACCAGACAAAAGUUUAAUGCAGGGCGUUGUGUGGUCUACCUGGGGCAGAUUCAACCCAAAUCUGACUCAAUCACUCUUAUUAGCACAUGCAAAAAACGUCAGUGAUAAGAUUAGUCCCUACAAACUUCAAGCUAAUUUUAUAGAAAUAGAUGAUAAAUAUUCUACAAGAUUUGGGGAUUUUAAUUUUGAUGAAUCUGCUUUCAGAAACUCACAUCAAAUGGUAAGUUAUUUGAAAGAAUAUAAAUUUGAUGUCAUUGUUUCUAUGACACCCUUUGUGAGUGUAGAAUCAAAAGCAUUUAAAACUAAGGCAGCAGAUUUACUGGUGUCAGACAUUCAGGCACAUAGUCCUUCCUUGAUGAAAUGGUACAGCGGUCUGAUGGGUGUGAUAGAUGUAACGCGUCAGACCACAGUCACUUGGUACAAGGAACAAUUAGCCAACAUGGUCAAAGAUUACGGCAUCAAGUCGUUCAAUUUCCAUGGAUGUGAAACUAAUUUUUUACCCAAAAUUCAUAAAACGUUUAGAUCACUCGCAAACCCUGGAACCUUUGCGACCGAGUUUAUUUCCAUGGUGAGCCCCAAUGCUGGCAGUCUUACACAGGUGAGUUGUGGGUACCGCAGUCAGCAGUAUCCCGUCUACACAAAGUCACCACGAAAAGAGUCUCAUUGGUCUCAUACAAACGGACUGCGAAGUGUCAUACCCUCCAUUUUGACCCUAGGUAUCCUUGGUUACCAGUUUGUGGUGCCUGACAUUAUCGGAGGGACCACAUAUGGAGUUAACGGGACGUUGGCUUUGACCAAACCAGAACCAGAACUCUAUAUUCGUUGGAUGCAGCUUUCAGCCUUUAUGCCUGUUAUGAAGUUUGCCUUCACACCAUGGGAUUAUGACAAAGAUGUUGUAGAUAUAUUCAACAACCUGAUAAAGUUACGAAAGGAGAAAAUUCUGCCAUUACUCCUCCAGGGGAUGCGCGAGGCAGAGAUGACAGGAGCCCCAAUUAUCCGUCCAAUCUGGUGGAGCUCUCCAAAGGAUGAACAUGCCCUUUUGGUGGACUCUGAGUUUUUGGUAGGAGAUUCCAUUUUGGUGGCACCCAUAUUGAAGAAAGGUGCAAAAGAACGAGACAUUUACCUCCCUGAAGGUGACUGGCACGACCAAAUUCAUGACCAGCAUGAACAGGGAAAACAGUGGCUAAGGGCCCACAAAGUGAAGCUCACAGAAGUGGCUUACUUCACAAGGACCCAUAUACUGGGAUAAUUCUACAGUCAAUAUUUUGUAGCUAGUCAAGUUUUUUCAAAGUUUUUUCAGCUAAGAUUUGUACUUAAUUUAUCAGUGAUAGAACUAUAUAACUAAAGCUGAGUAAAAAUCUCAGUUAGAAAACUUUGUGAAAGAUAGGUGUGUGUCCUGUAGACCUGGCCCUACCACCAUAACUGAACAGAUAUACGUGUUUGACAGAUGUCUGGUGGAGUUAGCUGUGAAGCUGAGUAGUUGUAGAUAUACAUGUUUGACAGAUGUAUGGUGGAGUUAGCUGUGAAGCUGAGUAGUUGUAGAUAUACAUGUUUGACAGAUGUCUGGUGGAGUUAGCUGUGAAGCUGAGUAGUUGUAGAUAUACAUGUUUGACAGAUGUAUGGUGGAGUUAGCUGUGAAGCUGAGUAGUUGUAGAUAUACAUGUUUGACAGAUGUCUGGUGGAGUUAGCUGUGAAGCUGAGUAGUUGUAGCUAUAUACGUGUUUGACAGAUGUAUGGUGGAGUUAGCUGUGAAGCUGAGUAGUUGUAGAUAUACGUGUUUGACAGAUGUCUGGUGGAGUUAGCUGUGAAGCUGAGUAGUUGUAGAUAUACGUGUUUGACAGAUGUCUGGUGGAGUUAGCUGUGAAGCUGAGUAGUUGUAGAUAUACGUGUUUGACAGAUGUCUGGUGGAGUUAGCUGUGAAGCUGAGUAGUUGUAGAUAUACGUGUUUGACAGAUGUCUGGUGGAGUUAGCUGUGAAGCUGAGUAGUUGUAGAUAUACGUGUUUGACAGAUGUCUGGUGGAGUUAGCUGUGAAGCUGAGUAGUUGUAGAUAUACGUGUUUGACAGAUGUCUGGUGGAGUUAGCUGUGAAGCUGAGUAGUUGUAGAUAUACGUGUUUGACAGAUGUCUGGUGGAGUUAGCUGUGAAGCUGAGUAGUUGUAGAUAUACGUGUUUGACAGAUGUCUGGUGGAGUUAGCUGUGAAGCUGAGUAGUUGUAGAUAUACGUGUUUGACAGAUGUCUGGUGGAGUUAGCUGUGAAGCUGAGUAGUUGUAGAUAUACGUGUUUGACAGAUGUCUGGUGGAGUUAGCUGUGAAGCUGAGUAGUUGUAGAUAUACGUGUUUGACAGAUGUCUGUUGGAGUUAGCUGUGAAGCUGAGUAGUUGUAGAUAUACGUGUUUGACAGAUGUCUGUUGGAGUUAGCUGUGAAGCUGAGUAGUUGUAGAUAUACGUGUUUGACAGAUGUUUGGUGGAGUUAGCUGUGAAGCUGAGUAGUUGUAGCUAUACGUGUUUGACAGAUGUCUGGUGGAGUUAGCUGUGAAGCUGAGUAGUGGUAUCUACAUCUCUUAGUGAGGUUCUCUUUCACACUUGUAGAACAACAAACCCAAACCUGUCACAUUUUUAAUUCAUAAGUUAAACACACCAGUCAUAUUUAUUCCUGAUUGAUUAAUAAAUAAAUAUGAUGUCUAAAAAACAGUUUAAAAACUUCCAGGCAUCAUGUGAAACUGUCUCCCCAACCCAGAAAUGGUUGUCAAGUAUCGGUUGAAAUAAAGGAAGAUUUUGUAGAGUUUAUACUGAACCCUCUUGUUUCUCAUGUACAAACCGUUAAAUAGCAUCAACAUUUAAUUUGUGAUAGUCAAAGUUGAGCUGAGACUGUUGAGUACAAUGUAUCUGAUGUUUAAGCAUCACAUAGUGUUUCUUAAUUUCUCAUUCAAUGAGACAUCUAACUGUUAACCUUUUCACCCCUAUGUAACUUUAGUAGACUCUACCAUGCAUUGAUCUGAAUGAGUCAAGUAUGGUCUACAGUGGUGAAAGGGUUAAAAAGGGGUUGUGAAGUGGGCCAUGCCUCCAGGACUAGCAUCAUAACUAACAGGGAUUUAAGUAUAUCUUUUACUGUCUGAAUUUGGUAUCAGUAGUUUUUAGUAUAUGAUACAUGUAAAAUUGUUUUGUAUUUUUAUAUAAUAGUGAUGUAUUAUGCUUGACCUGUCAGUUUUUUUGUGAUAUAUUUAAUACAAGAUAUGUGUAGUGUUUUAUAUGGUGAACAAAUAUCUUUCAUGUGAAAAUGUGAUAAUUUUGCUAAAAUUCUUGAAAAUGCAUUUAAAUAAUCAUCCCAAAAUACAUGACUUAUCAUAACAGUAAAGUAUUGUCUAGCUAUAUAGGCCUUAGCCAGAGCUUCCUCUGGC